AUGGGUUAUCGAAUAGCCAUGGUUUCUGACUUUUUCUUUCCUCAACCAGGUGGAAUUGAAUCUCAUAUUUUUCAAUUAUCUCAACGACUCAUUGACCUUGGACAUAAAGUUAUAGUGAUUACCCAUGCGUAUAAAGACCGUGUCGGUGUCCGGUAUCUCACCAAUGGCUUAACGGCCUAUUAUGUUCCUCUUCAUACGGUGUACCGUGAGACUACUUUUCCUUCAUUUUUUUACUUUUUCCCCAUCUUCCGAAAUAUCAUAAUCCGAGAACAAAUUGAAAUCGUACACGGACAUGGAAGUUUGUCGUUCUUAUGCCACGAUGCCAUUCUUCAUGGUCGUACUAUGGGAUUAAAGACCUGUUUUACUGAUCAUUCCCUAUUUGGUUUUGCUGAUGCAGGAAGCAUAAUCACUAAUAAGCUCCUCAAGUUUACGAUGAGUGAUAUUGAUCAUGUAAUUUGUGUUUCUCACACAUGUCGAGAAAACACCGUCCUUCGUGCUGUCCUAAAUCCCCAAAAAGUUUCGGUUAUUCCAAAUGCACUGGUACCUGAAAACUUCAAGCCAGAUCCUUCAAAAGCGUCUGAGGAUUAUUUGACCAUCGUCGUAAUUUCAAGAUUGUAUUAUAACAAGGGAAUUGAUCUACUAAUUGCCGUCAUUCCUAGAAUCUGUGCGGAAUUCCACAAGGUUCGAUUUGUAAUUGCAGGAGAUGGGCCAAAGGCAAUUGAUCUAGAACAAAUGCGUGAAAAAUAUAUGCUACAAGAUAGAGUGGAAAUGCUAGGUUCAGUACGGCAUGACCAAGUCCGAGAUGUUAUGGUGCGCGGACAUAUUUACUUACACCCAAGUUUAACUGAAGCGUUCGGAACUGUCUUGGUGGAAGCGGCGAGUUGUGGUUUGUACGUUAUUUCUACCAAGGUUGGAGGUGUUCCUGAAGUUUUGCCUUCUCAUAUGACUCGAUUUGCCAGACCUGAAGAAGACGAUUUAGUACGAACAUUGUCAAAUGCAAUUUCUGAUUACCUCAACAAUAAGAUAAAAACCGUGAAAUUUCAUGAUGAGGUAAAAAAAAUGUAUUCAUGGAUUGACGUCGCAGAAAGAACCGAAAAAGUUUAUGAAAGUAUCUGCGCAGAGCCUAACUUGCGUCUUAUCAAUCGGUUAAAACUUUACUAUGGUUGUGGUCAAUGGGCUGGUAAACUAUUUUGUAUAUUAAUAACGUUAGAUUAUUUGGUUAUGAUGCUCUUACACUGGAUUUGGCCGGCUUCAGAUAUUGAUCUUGCAGUGGACCGACCACCUGUUUCCCUUUCUAUGCAAGAUGAGAUAGAGACGCCUGAGUUAAAAAGGUCUAGUAGCACUGGAUCAUCAUCAGACAAAUUCUGCUAA